AUGCAAGCCGGCAACUUCAACACAAUGAACGAAGCAGUUUCAAAAUUCGUAAACAGUUGCACAGAAGCAACUGGACAACCAAAUUCGGUCCUCUACUACAACAAUUAUACACAGCGCGGCGGAAACCGCGGACGUGGAAGUUAUAGAGGAAAUUUUCGUGGUCGUGGUAACAAUUAUGGUUACUACAACAAUAUCAACCAAAACAAUGGUCGCGGCAACUACAGAGGAAACUCAAGGGGCCGUGGCAACUCGAGCGGAGGCUACAAUAACAACAAUACAGGCAAUGUAAGAGUAGCCAAUGAAACCUCGGGAAACUCCGAAACCCCUUUAAAUGUUCAACAGUAG